AUGCAUAUCAGAGCACGUGCUCUCUCUCGUCUCCUCACCGCCCGGAUCAGGCCCACCGCGCUUACCUCAUCUAGCGCGUCUGAAACACGUUUGUCGACCGGAAUCCCUGCCACCUCGCGAUACCGAAUCGAGCCGAAUUACGACAAACCAAACAAACCACAAGUACAGAAGCGAGAACUAUAUCGGCUUCAAUCUUUUUUGAACCUCCUGCUGCAGCUGAUUGACUCGGAUCUGCCCUUUCACGCCAACCUCAAUCCAGCUCUUCGCGACCAGGUUUCUGCGACAAGCAAAGGUACCCCCAUAUCCAGUAAGGUCACCGGCACGCAACUCAAAAGAGUCAAACUCGUCAUACCCAAAAAAAAAAUAAAAGAUAUAUCAACUAUGGCCGAUAUCACCGACCAACACGAUCAGGGCUCGCCAUCCGCCCUCGACGACCACGCCGUCGGGAAUAGCAACGAGGGUCGCGGCGUCAAGCGUCAACGCGCCGCCGCAGCCGACGACGAUGAUGACGAUGAUGACAAGCCCGGGCGCGAGCGCAGGAAGAUCGAGAUCAAGUUCAUCACGGAUAAGUCGCGUCGUCACAUCACCUUCUCGAAGCGCAAAGCCGGCAUCAUGAAAAAGGCAUACGAGUUGUCCGUCCUCACGGGUACUCAAGUCCUUCUCCUCGUCGUAUCGGAAACCGGCCUGGUUUACACAUUCACAACCCCGAAGCUCCAACCUCUGGUUACCAAGGCGGAAGGAAAGAACUUGAUACAAGCCUGCUUGAACGCCCCCGAACCCGCUGGCAAUGGAGAGAAUGGAGUCGACGACCAAAACACCGUCGAGUCGCCAGAGGAGUCGGCCCCGCAACAUCUCCCGCCUCAAGGACGCGCCGGAAUGCCACAGCAGGCACAAAACAUGCACCCGGGCUACAUGCCGCAGAGUAUCGAGCAACAACAAGCUAUGGCCUACCAAAAUUACGUCGCCCAGCAGCAAAGAGGCAGCUACCCGAUGCCUCCUCAAGGAGGAAUUCCCCAGCAACACUCGCAUCAAGCAUAA